AUGGAUGAUUUGUGGAAUGAAGCAUGGGAUUCUUUGAUUCAAGAGGUGCAGAGGGAAGCCGACGAGGAGGAUGAGGCGGCGGCGGCGGAAUUGGAGGCGGCGACGAUCCCUCGUGAGAUUCGUCAUCGUCGGACAAUCCCACGAGACCAUGUCGGAGCGGCUGAGCGGCUUAUGGCAGACUACUUUAGCGCUAACCCCCGUUACCCAGCUGAGAUUUUCCGUCGGCGUUUCAGAAUGUCGCGACCGCUCUUCACCCAUAUAGCGACGACAUUGGCGGACCGGUACGGUUGCUUCAACCUCCGGAGUGAUUGCGCUGGCCGGAUCGGACUGUCUACUUUUCAGAAAUGCACCUCUGCAAUAAGGCAGCUUGCCUAUGCCGAACCGGCUGAUAUGUUCGACGAAUACCUACAGAUGGGUGAGACGACUAGUCUAGAGGUGCUCCGGCAGUUUUGUAAGGGCAUGCGAGAAGUCUUUGGUCCGGAGUUCCUACGAAAGCCAACCUCUGAUGAGUGCCAGAGACUGCUAGAUAUGCACGGUGCGGUGCACAGUUUCCCAGGGAUGAUGGACAGCAUUGAUUGCAUGCAUUGGGAGUGGAAAAACUGCCCGUUGGCGUGGAAAGGUCAGUUCACUACUGGUUUCAAAUGCAAACAUCCUACGAUGAUCCUGGAAGCCGUUGCUGACUACUGUUUGCGGAUCUGGCAUGUAUAUUUCGGUGUUGCAGGUUCGAACAACGACAUCAACGUUCUGCAGUCGUCGCCUCUCUUCAAUGAUGAGUGCCGGGGAGAGGGUCCAGAGAUCAGUUUCGUAGCAAACGGCACGCAGUAUCGCAGGGGAUACUAUUUGGCAGAUGGAAUAUACCCUCGUUGGCCCGUAUUCGUCAAGACACUUCGCCAACCGGCUGGAGCGAGGAGACAAUAUUUUGCGCGAAAACAAGAGGCCGCUAGGAAAGAUGUUGAGCGAGCUUUUGGUGUGCUCCAAGCGCGAUGGGCCAUUAUACGUAGACGGCACCACGGUUCAUGA